UCUCGUGUGUUGACCUGAGAACAUGGAGAAGCUGACCGGGUGUUGGCUGCUGUUGACGGCGCUGACCUUCGCUCUAGCCCAGGACACCCCGACAUACUUCAAGGAUGGCGGGGAGCUAACGAUGGAUCUGAGGCCUCCUCCUCCUGAACCUCUCUACAACAUCCUGUGGAAGCGUAGCGGUGACCUGGUAGCUGAGUGGAUCAAAGAUCAAGUCACAGGUUCAGUUUUAGUCCCUUUGACUUAUUACAGAACCUUUAGAGACCGCACAACCCUGGAUUUAACCACUGGACGUUUGGUAAUCAAACACAUGACUAAAGCUGACACUGGUGUGUAUUCAGUGGAAGUCAACAACAAGGUCCAGAAUGAGCGCUAUAACGCUGUAUGGAUCCAAGAAGUCCCCCAGCCUGAGGUAGAGCCGAGACCGUUGACAUGUUGCCCCACUUCGCACAAUUGUACGCUGACCUGUGACGCGGACAUCACAGAGCCAGCUGGACCGGUCACCUACAGCUGGAAGGAGGGAGACGGAGAGUGGAAGGAGUCGGGAAAGGACUUGGUCAUCACCAAGAGUGAGACAUCAGAUGUGAAGACCUUCACCUGCCGGAUACAGAACCCAGUCAGCGAGAGAGACAGUAAACCUGAAAACAAUUGGCUCUUUGAGAAGAAAAGUCCAGACUCUGAUCUCUGGUUUAAGAUUUUAGGGGCUGUCACAAAAUCCUUGGGAAUCGUGGCCAUCUUGGGGGCCGUUGCCUACUUAGUGUGUCAAAAACGAGAGACUGCCGGGAGACUGAUGUGUUCAUGUCGAUGCAAAAAAGGGGAUGAGGACGCAAUUUAAAGUGGACGAUCAGCUUGAGUCUAGAUUAAAGCAUGUGAGCGCUCCAGGCCCUGCAGAGGGACCAGC